AUGUCGACCACCGCCUCCACCAACGCAAAUGCGUACAAUAACAUCCCGCCCGAGAUCCCCUCGUCGUCUGUCCCCAUCGCCCGCGAACUCGGUAUCCUGUUCGGCUUCCUCCUCGCCUCGCUGGUCAUCAUGGGGGUCUACGCUGUGAUUUGGAGGGGUGUCGAGCGCGCCGAGGAAGAAAAAGACCGAGUGCGCCGGCAGCGCCUCAUUGCGCAGGGCGUGCAUCAUGGGCGCGGUGGGAUCCAUGAGAAGAUGCUGAAUCAGGAAUUCUUUAACGGGAGGGCAGGGGUCGCGAAACCGGAUGCUACUCAUGGGAGUGCGAAUGGUGGGGAGGGUUUGGGUAGAAGGAACGGUGCGGGUGGUAUAGGUGGUGGAAGAGCGAGGGCGAUGUCGAAUUCCAUGGGGUUGUCUUGA